AUGGAGGAAAUUCAGAAGCAAUGGAGCUGGAAGAAUAAAGGGAUCCUGCGAUAUCUAACCAUGUUGUUUGUAUGGAAAGCAGUUUCUGGGCAGAUUGGCUAUUCCAUUCCUGAAGAGAUACAGAAAGGCUCUUUUGUGGGGAAUAUUGCAAAGGAUCUAGGAAUGGAUGGAAAGCACCUUUCAGAACAUGGACUGCGGAUUGUUACCAGGACAGGUACGGUUCAGUAUUUUGCUUUGAACUCCAACAGUGGCAUUUUGCAAACUUCUGAGAGAAUAGACAGAGAGGCAAUCUGUGGACAGGCAGAGAAGUGCACCUUAACGUUUCAGGUUAUUAUUGAGAGUAAAUUAAAGAUUUAUGGAAUAGAAGUGGAAAUUACAGAUGUAAAUGAUAAUGAUCCUCAAUUCCAUCAACAGGAAGAGGAACUUGAAAUCAGUGAGGCAUCUACAUUGGGGUCUCGUUUUGACCUUCCUCGGGCUGAAGAUCCAGACCUGGGUAUAAAUUCAAUACAGAGCUACCAACUCACAGGGAGCGAUCAUUUUUCUCUGCAAGUCCAAAUGGAAGAAAGUGGCAUUAGACACACUGAGCUGGUUUUGGAAAAAGCUCUGGACCGAGAGAAACAAUCAGUUUACAAUCUAAUCCUCACAGCUUCUGAUGGAGGAGAUCCUGUGAGAUCUGGCACUAUUCAAAUCAAUAUCAUAGUUCUCGAUGCCAAUGACAAUGCGCCAGUUUUCAGCCAGUCUGUCUAUGAAGUAACUGUCACAGAGAAUAUUCCUAAAGGGUCCACAAUACUUACAGUAAGAGCAGUGGAUCUGGAUGAAGGAAUUAAUGGGGAGAUAAAAUACUCUUUUCAAACACCAGUGAAACGUACCUCUCAAACAUUUCUCCUUAACUCUACAACAGGAGAAAUAACUCUGGGUGGAAACCUUGAUUAUGAGGAAUCUUCCUUCUAUGAAUUUGAGGUGCAAGCUAAAGAUGGGGGAGGCCUGAGUGACAAAUCAAAGGUGGUGAUUUUCAUUACGGAUGUGAAUGACCAUGUGCCUGAAGUAGAAGUAACAUAUCUCACCAAUGACAUCCUUGAGAACUCACCAAUUGGAACCGUUGUUGCCAUUCUAUAUGUGCAAGAUAGUGAUUCUGGAAUUAACGGGGAGGUCACAUGCUCCAUAGAGCCAAGCCUCCCUUUUCAGCUGAAAAAAUCCAUGGAUAACUUUUACAGUUUGGUGACAGACAAAGCAUUGGACAGGGAGCAAGUGGCAUCCUACAGUAUCACCCUCACAGUUACUGAUCAUGGAGUUCCUCCUCUUUCUACAGCCACUGUCCUACUACUAAGCCUUUUAGACACAAAUGACAAUCCUCCCCUCUUUGCAGAAUCGGCCUACAAAUCAUAUCUCCUUGAGAAUAAUUUGAGAGGAGCCUCCAUCUAUUCCUUUAGCGCAAAUGAUCCUGACUGGGAAGAGAACUCCAGAAUAACAUAUUCCAUCAUGGAAGGACAUGAUCAGUCUCUUCUCUCAUCAUAUCUCUCCAUUAAUUCUGAAACUGGUGUUGUCUAUGCAUUGAGCUCUUUUGAUUAUGAAGAGCUCCGGGAGCUUAAUUUUGGGGUUAAGGCCCAAGAUGGAGGCUCUCCACCACUCAGCUCCAAUGUCUCAGUGACUCUCUUCAUUCUGGAUGAGAACGACAAUGCCCCCCAGAUCUUGUACCCUGCUAUCCCCACCGAUGGCUCCACUGGAGUAGAGCUGGCCCCUCAAUCCUCUGAGCCAGGUUACCUGGUCACCAAGGUGGUGGCUGUGGAUGCAGAUUCCGGCCAGAAUGCCUGGCUCUCCUAUCAGCUGCUGAAGGCCACAGAGCCAGGGCUCUUCACCAUAGGGCUCCACACUGGCGAGAUCCGGACGGCCCGUCCCUUUCUGGACAAGGAUGCUCUCAAGCAAAGCCUGGUGGUUUUGGUGAAGGACAAUGGGCAGUCCCCUCUCUCUGCCUCAGUCACGGUCACUGUGGUGCUGGCCAACAGCAUCCCUGAGGUACUGACUGACCUGAGCAGCAUCUCCGCCCCUGCAGACCCCCAGUCGGACCUCACCUUCUACCUGGUGGUUGCUGUGGCUUUUGUCUCCUGUUUGUUUUUCACCUUCCUCCUUGUGUUGCUGGCACUCAGGUUACAGAGGUGGAGAAAUUCUCAGUUAUGUGAUUCUGCAAGUGUGAAUUUCAGUGGAGUCCCAGUUUCACAGUUUGUGGGGAUCGAUGGAGUCCGAGCAUUUCUUCACUCCUAUUGCCAAGAAGUUUCUCUCACUACAGACUCUAGGAAAAAACAGUUUAACCAAUCAAAUAUUUCUAGUAGUCCACAGACUUCUGACACAAUGGGUGCUAUCAUAACUUUUGAAGAUUUAAAUCUUACGAAGGGAGACCAAAUAGCCCAGAAGAAGAAAGAUGGACACAGCUUUAUUUUAAAAGCUCGUCCAGAACUGAAAACUUCAUCAUUUCUCAGGGGUCAUCAGGUAAUAAGAACUAAAUUUCAACUCUCUUACUGUGAAAGAAUGAAAUGUUUGAACACACUAAACUCUGGAAAAGCUGCUCUGAAAAUGAGAAUGAUGGAAAAUAGACAUGCAGAGUCAACAAGGGAGAUCAAGAGGCAAGUACUUUUUUGGUUCAUAUUCUUCUGUUUAUUCAGUUGGGUGAGGUCUGAUCAGGUUCACUAUUCAGUUCUGGAAGAAACAGAAAAGGGAUCUCUUGUGGGGAAUCUUCCCAAAGAUUUGGGAUUGGAUGCAAGAGAGUUAUUAAAACGGAAGCUUGGGAUCAAUUCAGAAAAGCAGUAUUUCACACUUAAUGAGCAAAAUGGCAACCUGUAUGUGAAUGACAGGAUAGACCGGGAAGAAAUUUGUGGGAAAUCGCCCUCUUGUGUCCUGAGAUUAGAAGCUGUUGUGCAUAAUCCUAUGAAUAUUUUCCAUAUACAUAUUUUCAUUGAGGACAUUAAUGAUAAUGCCCCCCUUUUCCAAAAAGAAAAUAUUUUACUUGAAGUGAGUGAAUUGAAUCUGCCAGGAGCUCAAUUUUCCCUUGGGAAUGCUGAAGAUGCAGACAUUGGGAUGAAUUCCCUCCAAAAUUACAGUCUGAGCUCAACUCCGUAUUUCAAAUUAGACAUUAAAGAAAGUGAAGAUGGUGAUAAAUAUGCAGAUUUAAUACUACUGAAGCAACUGGACAGGGAAGAAGAAGACACACUCCAAUUGGUCCUUACAGUUCUGGAUGGAGGAGACCCAAUAAGAUCUGGGACCACCAACAUACAUGUUACUGUUACUGAUGUUAAUGACAAUAUGCCUGUUUUCACCCAAGCUGUUUAUAAGGUAAGUCUGAGAGAGGAUGCACCCAGAGGAACAUCUGUGCUGCAAGUUAAAGCAUCUGACAAGGAUGAAGGGUCUAAUGCUGAGAUCAUUUAUACUUUCAAUAAAAUCCCAGAAAGUGCCAGGCAUAAAUUCAGCCUGGAUCCCCAUAAUGGAAUAAUUACACUUAAGGAGAGGAUUGAUUAUGAGGAAAGACAAAGUUAUGUGAUGAUAAUACAGGCCAGAGAUGGAGGUGGUUUAGUGGCAUAUUGCAAAGCAGAGAUUGUAGUUCUUGAUGUGAAUGACAAUGCUCCAGAACUGGUUCUUACUUCUAUAUCCAGUCUGAUUCCUGAAGACUCCAUGCCUGGAACUGUUAUCGCUUUGCUGAAAAUUCAUGACAUGGAUUCUGGAGAAAAUGGGGAAGUCACUUGCCAUCUGAGAGACCUUGUACCUUUCCAGAUAACUUCAUCUUCAGAUAAUUACUUCAAACUUCUUACAGAUAGUUAUCUUGACAGAGAAAAGAUCCCAGAAUAUAAUAUUACAAUCACAGCCACAGACAAAGGCAUUCCUCCUCUCUCCACACACAAAACCAUCUCUCUACAGAUCUCAGAUAUCAACAAUAACCGUCCAGCCUUUGAAAAGGCUUCCUAUACUGUCUACGUGCCAGAGAACAACCCAUCCGGAGCUUCCAUUUUCAGGGUCAAGGCCUCUGACCCCGAUGUGGAUCACAAUGCCCGAGUCACUUAUUCCAUCCUCAGGAGCAACAUUGAAGACCUGCCGCUCUCCUCUUACGUCUCCAUUAAUUCUGAGACUGGCACCAUUUAUGCGCAGCGCUCCUUCGACUACGAGCAGUUCAGGGAGUUUCAGAUUCAAGUGCGGGCCCAGGAUGGAGGCUCCCCAUCCCUCAAUGGCAGUGCCACAGUGAGAGUGUGUAUUCUGGAUAGGAAUGAUAACACUCCGCAGAUCCUCUAUCCUUCGCAAGCAACAGAAAGCUCGUCCUUCUUUGAGAUGGUGCCUCGGAUGGCGGAGUCAGGUUAUGUGGUGACCAAGGUGGUGGCCGUGGAUGCUGACUCUGCACACAAUGCCUGGCUCUCUUUCCACCUGCUGCAGGCCACGGAGCCCUCGCUUUUCACCAUUGGGUCCCACACAGGAGAGAUCAAAACCGCCCGAGCAUUACUGGAGAGGGAAGCUGUGAAGCAGAGACUAGUCAUUAUGGUGAAGGAUAACGGAGAGAGUCCUCUCUCAGCCACUGUGACCCUUAACCUCGUCUUUGCCGAGAAUUUCCAGGAGGCUCUUCCGGAAAUGAACACCCAGCCCAGUGAGUCAGAAUAUCAGCCUGAUCUCCAGUUUUACUUGGUGCUGGCCUUGGCCCUGGUGUCCUUCCUUUUCCUUGUGACGGUAACACUGACCAUUGUGAUGAAACUCCGACGGUCAAGGAACCCCACCCUUCUUCAGUGCUUUAUUCCUGAUGCAAAGACGGGAGCCGUUUCCCCCCCUAAUUAUGAAGAUGGGACUUUGCCGUAUUCAUACCAGGUCUGCUUAUCUUCUGAAUCUCGGAGGAACGAGUUAACUUUCCUGCAGCCCACUGUGCAAGUGGCAGAGAAUAUCUUCUGCAAUGUCAAAUCUGACAAAUCAUUGAUGUUGAAUGGAGAAUGUCAUUUAGAUGGUGAGGAGAAUAAAGGCACGGUAGCAGGUAUAAAAUGGUGUAUUUGGAUCCAUAUCUCCGAUUAUGAGAGUGAUAGGCCUAUAUCACUUAUUUUAAACUAUGUUCAUUUCUACUCAGUGGGCACCAUUUCCACUUAG